AUGGACCUUAGAUUAAUUAUCCUGUCAGUUGGUAAUGCUGUAAUGAAAGUCUUGGAGUUAAAGAGCCAAGUCAACGAACUUAAUCAACUUUUAACUUACCGAGAAGACGUGAUUCUUCGUAUCCAUGAGGAAAUAUCCAAAAAAGCUUCAAAACUUGAAGCCGCGGAUGUUGAACGUUCAAGUCUUACAGCUCAAAUUAGUAUAUUGAAACGUGAAUUAGCAACAGCUCGUGAAGAUUUAGCUCGUCGAGGAGUAGGUCCUAUUGAAUUAGAAUCUGAAAUUGAACGUUUAAGAAGUAAACGUGAUCGUGAAUAUCAACGACGCAAACGAACCGAGACUGAUUUAGAAAAUAUGGAAAAAGAAAAUCAAGAAUUAAAACAAAGAAUUAAGAGAUUAGAAGAAGCAGCCAUAGCUACUCCUCCCAAACCAAUAAUUCCUCAAAGUGAUCCUUCUGAUAGAAAUAAAAUUAUUGAACUUCAAGGUGCUGUUAAUCAACUUCGAAUGGACAAUGAAGCUAAACGAUCAGAACUUUUUGAUUUACGAUCACGAUUUGAUGCUAAAUCUGCACAAGUGGAUAAAAUGUCUGCUGAGUUCAAAACAAAAGAACGCCUUUGUUCUGAACUUACAACACAACUUGCAAAUACUCGUGGUCAAUUGGAAAUUACUACAAAAGAAUUAGAAUCAGUUCGAUGCAGAGCUGUACGUGGUGGUGCAGAAGUUGAACGUUGGCAUUCCGAUUUAACAAGUUUACAAACUACCAAUAAAUUCCUUUCUUCACAGUUAAAUGAUUUACGGAAUAAAGUUAUUGCAAAAGAUAAAAUCAUUGUUGACUUGGGGAAACGUUGUGAAACUAUUCUGAAUAAUAAUAAUAAUAAUAAUUCUCCUAAAGCUCACGAAGAGCCAUCAGUUAACAUUAACGGAAAUGAAACUCUAUGCUUGCAUUGUCAAGAAUGUCUAAAUGAAGACAACCAACAGUCUGCUAAGUUGGAUAUUAUCGCUCGGCUUAAAGCUGAGUUGUCUUCAGUGGAAGAACGUUGUAAAACUCUUAUGGCUGAAGCAGUGCAAACUCAACAAACAAAUGAAAAUGUAAAAUCUCAGUUGGAGGCAGAACUUGCUAAAGCCCAACAAUCUGUUCAAAAGUUGUCUGAGGAAGUUGCACGAGAAAAAGAGACAGCAUACAAUUCAACUUCACGUGUACAAGAAUUGACCAACCAAAUACAUCAAUUAGAAACAGAUCUGUCUCAAACCAGAAUGCAAUUAUUAGAAGUUCAAUCAGAUCAUCAAAAAGAGAAUGAUAUCAUUGUAUCAACAACUGCAUCACCUCCGGCUAAACGUACUAGACGUAGUACAAAUGCUGUGAAUAAUGUGAAAGCUAAUUCAAAAAAUAAUCAAGAUCAUUCAUCCGGUGGUCGUCAUUGAUAUUCAAAUUACCAAUAGUUGCAUUUGAGAUUCCAUUUACAAUUUUUACCGACAUCCAGGGUGUUUUCAUUUGGACUAACUAAAUCUAAUGAUUUCCUGUCUCUCCUGUUCAGUCAAGGAAAUCAAUCCUAUCAGAAUCAGUUCAACCGCCCCCACCCGCGAAAUAUUUUACUAGUUUUGUUAUGAGUUUACAUUAUUUCUUCUAAACUAUUCAUGUGCGUGUGUGUGUUUAAUAAUAAUAAUUUCUUCCUUUUUAACCAACCCUGAUGAUAUAUUAUUCUACAUGUGUACACAUUAAGGAGAACUUUAUAUCUAUCGGAGCUGCAUUUUUUCUCUCUCUCUCUCUCUUUAUCUUGAGAUAAAAGAAAAUAAAUUAUGAAAUUCUGUUACUUAUUUUUUUUUUGCCUUUUUCAAAAAGUAUUGAUUGUUCUUCAUCAUAUGAACGAACAUAUGUGAACCUAUUCCCAGUGUUUGUCUAGUUUGAUGAUGAUGAUGUUGAUGUUGAUUGUUUUUAUAUAAAAGUUUAAUCAUGUAUGUAAGUAUGUGUGUAGUGUUUAACAACACAUCUCUAUAUUCUAUCUAUCUAUCUAUUUAAAAAAGCAGCACACUUGUAAGUAUUUUAUUGACAAAUAAUUAUUUGUAUAUGAUAGAUAGAUAUAUUUAUGAAUGAAUUCAAAGGAGUUUACUGACUUUAAUGCCCUCCACCCCCACUUAGGAAAGAAUUG